CUCUGCCCCGCUGGGUUGGACUGGAAUGACUCUCGGACAAAAGAGGACCUACGAAGUGGUGAAAUGCUAGUUUGUGGAGAUCAAUGGCCCAUUUUUUUGUAUGCCCUCCAUACUUAUGACCCCAAAGACCCGUGGUGUGGUCUUCUUAGGAGCCACUUGCUAGCUUACAAGCAUGUUUUCAUGUCCCCAAGUUCAGUCGAGAGGGAGCCGAAGGCCACACAUUCAGGAAAUGCUCGCCUCCAUGGCAUGAAUGCUGUGACCAUUGCUUCUGUGGCUUAUAUUGCAACUCAGGUGCGAUUUGCUCUCAGUUCAUCCUCGGUAUUCUCACGGACCGAUACAACUAUGGACUCUGAGAUGUUUUACCACAGUCUCCUGGACCUCUUAGAAGACCCCGAGGAAUGUCAAGAAGUCGAUGAACUGCUGACCUGGUGGAAUCGCCAAGUGUUUCCCACUUCCUCUGCUGCGAAGAGACCUAUCAGUGCCAAUAGCGCCUUAUCCAAGAUUCGACAAAAA